AUGAUGGACGACCAGUCCUCCACAUCGGGCGGACCCCAAGAAGGGAGGGAUGCCGAUCACCGACAGAAUCAUGGAAAUGUGCUGUUCGUUGGCAAUCUUCCAUUCCAGACACCGUGGCAGCACGUGAAGGACCACUUCAGGAAGGCCGGGAAGGUGCGCUACACCGACCUCAUUGCCGACCGCAUGGGCCGGCCAAAGGGAUCCGCAUUGGUGACAAUGGUGACGGCUGAGGGUGCGCAGAGAGCAAUUCGCAUGUACAAUGAAACGGACUUUGAGGGCCGACGACUAAUUGUUCGUCUCUUUGAUGACGGUCCCCGCCCACCGAUUGUGCAGCGUGGCAUGAUGCCCCAGUACGACCGUCAGACCCAACAGCAGCAACCGCAGCAGCAGUCGCAACGAUUCCGUGGAUACACAGGCGCAAGUUCUGGUGGCUCGAAUUACAACAACACAACCAACUUUGGUCGUAGGGCGGAUUACAUGGGCCGUGGUGGCUACACGAUGGAAGAGGAUCUUAAUGCAACGAGCUUGAACGAUAUGGGUGACUCAGUGCCCAAGCCACGCAGCCAGCAGGUUAAUGAAUUUGGUCGAAAAUUGUUUGUUUCAAAUUUGCCGUUUGACUGCACAAGCAGCGCGCUGCGAGAGACGUUCCAGCAAGUGGGAAAUGUGGAGCGGGCGGAGGUCAUCUUGGGGCGUAAUGGAAAGAGCAGGGGGAUGGGCAUUGUCGUGAUGAGGACGGAAAAGGAGACGCGCUUGGCCAUAGAAGAGUUUGACGGCAUUGAGAUGGCAAACAGGGCUAUGAGUGUUCGUCUCGACAACAAAACCACGGCGUAA